UUGACAGUUCUCGUGCUUCGAUUGUUAAUUUUGGUUUGAGAUGUCCGUUCUCUAAUAAACUCCAGGUUCUCUAGUCAAUAUGAUGUUGUCAAUCAUUACUCAAAACUAAUGGUACGUUUGUUUGAAGAGCCGGUGCGGCACUGAGUGCCGCACUCGUCGGUGCCAGUUUUGGUUCAAUCGAACGUCAUUUGUCAGUACGCGUGGAACUCGCAUGAAACUGAAAAAAUAUCGAGUGCGGCACUAGAGUUUCAGUUCCAAGAUGGCGGCGAAACUCGUGCGGAACUAGCGCGAGUUUCUUCAAAGAAACACUUUGACAGCUCUGAGUGCAGCACUCAGUGUGGAACUAGCCAUCAAACGAACGUACCAUAAGUAAAGCCCGACCUACUCAGAUAACUGUGCCCCUGUUUGAAAAAUGUCGCACGUCGUACGAGUUGUCGCGCGGUUUUGAUUUUACCGUUUCGAUAUCGUUUGAUCGAAAGGAAGACAAUCGCACAACAAACACUCGACAUGCACGACAUUGUUUUUCGCAUCGAAUUUUUGACAGAUUGCCGAAUUGACCGUGUCGACGGAAAUACUUUGACAGUUAACAUCAAGCAGAAACAUGUUCUGAUCGGAUCGAACAAAAGUUCAAUUAUUGAAAAAAAAAUCAAAACCUAAUGGUACCGUCAGUGGGGGUGACUAUGGGUCAAAAAACGAUACACCUCUCGUAAUUUCUUAAUAACAAAAACAAUUUGAAUAACAUCGAAAAUCUUUUAUCGUAGAAUUGUGGUGUAAUUUGAUGGACUCUACCUUAAAUGGCAAUCGUUUGAAAAUUGACCCAAUCUCACCCCUUUGAGGGGGUAACAUUGGGUCAAAUGAAACUAAAAUGAUGCUCAAAUACAAAUAUAUAGUAAAAACAAGUCAUCCAACAGUGUUUCUCGUUCGAGGGAAUCGUAUUGACAUGCUAAAAUAUUCGAAGUAUAGAUUUUCAAACAUUUGGGUACUUUUUGAUCAAUUCCAACAAAAAAUUAAAUAAGUUGAUUUUUCGAGAGGUUAUUUUUGGCCAAAAACGUACCUCAACUUUAGACAGCUGCUAAAAUGACAGGAUUUGUUCUAGGAACGAGAAUUUUUUCAGAAAAGUCAUCUUAAGAUGUCCCUUGCACAACCCUUUUAACAGAAUUUAGUUUCAUUGAGAAGUACCUAAGAAAUUUUAAAAUCCGUAAAAAAAAUACCCAAUCUCACCCCCAGACUCAAUGUCACCCCCACUGACGGUAAGUAAUUUUUGACAAAGAACUUUGUCCUAAGGGCUCUAUUCUGGUGAGGUGUCAAUCCAGAAAAACGAAAAAUGUCGCGCGUUACGAAAAUGUUGCAUGCUUGGUACUGCGGAAGGGGUCAGCAACGAAUGAAGUGUGGCAACAAUGGUGCAACAUUCUCGCGUGACAGUUCCAAGAAAGCAGGAGACGAGGCAAAAUUUGCACCAUGUUGCCACAUUUCAUGCGGACUAUAUAAGCUAACAGAUAGCCUCUGAACAGAUAGUUUUGACCGAAAAUCCGUCAGAGACGGAUCGACGGUGGUAAUUUUAUUGCUCACACACACAUACACACAUUGAAAGACACAGGUUGUGCACCAACUUGGGAGGAAUUCUGUUCUAAAGAACAUUGUUAGAACGGUCACUCGGAGACCAGAAUGAUUCAAGGCAAUGGGGUUGGGACCAAACUGGUAGGAUAUUGGCCACACCCGGAGUGGCCAUGGCCCUGAGGGAAGGUUCUACCGGGGGACAUUUAUCGAACCAUACGACUUGGGGCAAUAUGGGUGUCAAAAUUCAUGGUUUUUGAUACUGGUAAUGAAAAUUGCCAUUUUGACAGGAUUGGCCACACCCGGAGUGGCCAUGGCCCUGAGGGAAGGUUCUACCGGGGGACAUUUAUCGAACCAUACGACUUGGGGCAAUAUGGGUGUCAAAAUUCAUGGUUUUUGAUACUGGUGAUGAAAAUGGCCAUUUUGAUAGGAUUGGCCACACCCGGAGUGGCCAUGGCCCUGAGGGAAGGUUCUACCAGGGGGAGAUUUGUCGAACCAUACGACUUGGGGCAAUAUGGGUAUCAAAAUUCAUGGUUUUUGAUACUGGUAAUGAAAAUUGCAAUUUUGACAGGAUUGGCCAUACCUGGAGUGGCCAUGGCCCUGAGGGAAGGUUCUACCAGGGGGAGAUUUGUCGAACCAUACGACUUGGGGCAAUAUGGGUAUCAAAAUUCAUGGUUUUUGAUACUGGUAAUGAAAAUGGCAAUUUUGACAGGAUUGGCCACACCCGGAGUGGCCAUGGCCCUGAGGGAAGGUUCUACCAGGGGGAGAUUUGUCGAACCAUACGACUUGGGGCAAUAUGGGUAUCAAAAUUCAUGGUUUUUGAGACUGGUGAUGAAAAUGGCCAUUUUGACAGGAUUGGUCACACCCGGAGUGGCCAGUGCCUUGGGGAAGGUUCUACCGGGGAUACACUUAUCGAACCAUACGACUUUGGGCAAUACGGGUAUCAAAAUUCAUGGUUUUUGAUACUGGUGAUGAAAAUGGCCAUUUUGAUAGGAUUGGCCACACCCGGACAGGCCAUGGCCCUGAGGGAAGGUUCUACCGGGGAUACAUUUAUCGAACCACACGACUUGGGGCAAUAUGGGUAUCAAAAUUCAUGGUUUUUGAUACUGGUGAUGAAAAUGGCCAUUUUGACAGGAUUGGCCACACCCGGAGUGGCCAGUGCCUUGGGGAAGGUUCUACCGGGGAUACAUUUAUCGAACCAUACGACUUUGGGCAAUAUGGGUAUCAAAAUUCAUGGUUUUUGAUACUGGUGAUGAAAAUGGCCAUUUUGACAGGAUUGGCCACACCCGGAGUGGCCAUGGCCCUGAGGGAAGGUUCUACCGGGGGGACAUUUAUCGAACCAUACGACUUGGGGCAAUAUGGGUAUCAAAAUUCAUGGUUUUUGAUACUGGUAAUGAAAAUGGCCAUUUUGACAGGAUUGGCCACACCCGGAGUGGCCAUGGCCCUGAGGGAAGGUUCUACCGGGGGGACAUUUAUCGAACCAUACGACUUGGGGCAAUAUGGGUAUCAAAAUUCAUGGUUUUUGAUACUGGUGAUGAAAAUGGCCAUUUUGACAGGAUUAGCCACACCCGGAGUGGCCAUGGCCCUGAGGGAAGGUUCUACCGGGGAUACAUUUAUCGAACCAUACUGUUAUAUUAUGCGUCAUUUGUGUAAGACCCCCAAACGUAGUUUGUGAACAUCCCCUGAAACGUCAUUCAUGACAGCCAUUCAUCGAGUCGCUCAUUCAGUGCUUGAGUGUGCAAGAGCCAAGACGUAGAAUAAAUCGCUCUGUUUAAUUUAGUAAACCGGUCUCUUCUUUGGUUAAUCACACCUAAUAAAACAUGGUGUCAGAAGUAGUCGUGGUUUAGUGACAGUUUUCCGGCGUCAUUUUACAUCGCGGAAGUUACUGUGCGGAAAAAACUUUGUUCGAGUGGCGAAACAAUCAUUCGCGAAAGUUCCGGAAUAGCGUUGCGUGAUUCGUUCAGCGGACGUGUUCGGCGGCCAUAUUUGUAUUCGUUUCCACGUUGAAAAAGUGUCUUUCCGGAAGUGAAAAAAAUGGAUGCAAAACAAUUUGAUAAGUUUAUGGCGUCCAUGGAGAAACUUCUAGGCUCGUUUAAGAGCAUGGCCGGGCAAGCUGCGGCCGGUACGAGUACAGCCGGUGGAAACGCGAUUGGUGGAAGUGUUACCAUUCCGUUUAUUCCUCUUCCGCCCCCGUUGGAGCUAGAGGGCGACAUGGAAAGGAACUACAACUUCUUUGAGAACGGUUGGAAGAAUUAUACGAGUGCCGUCGGAAUGGAUGCGUGGCCAGUUGAGCGGAACAAGCAGAAGACAAGUGUGUUGCUGUCGGUGAUUGGCCAAGCGGCGCUCAAGAAGUAUUUUAACUUCGAGCUGACCGAAGUGGAACAGGGUGACCCGGCGCUGGCGCUGUCUGCGAUCAAAGCGAAGGUGGUUCGAGAACGAAAUCCGAUCAUCGAUUGGACUGAGUUUUUCUCGAUGGAGCAGUGGGAGGAGGAGAGCGUUGACGACUUCGUGGGACGAUUGAAGGCAUUGGCAAAGCUCUGUAAGUUUGGCGUGCUGGAGGCGGAAAUGGUGAAAUUCAAAAUUGUCACAUCCAACAAAUGGUCCCAUUUGCGUGCGACGCUGCUCACGGCCCAGAACCUUACAGAGGCGAUAGUAGUGGACCUGUGUCGCGCUGAAGAAGUUUCGGAAAGGCACAGAAAAGCAGUGAGCAGUUCGAGCUUCGGCGUCAACAAGGUGAGGCGAAUGGCGAGAAAGUGCAAGUUCUGCGGCGGUCGGCAUGAGUUUGUCAAGGGUGUCUGUCCAGCUCUGGGGAAGAAGUGUAAUCGGUGCGGCGGGAAGAAUCACUUUGAGAAGGCAUGCAAGAACGAUCAGAAGAAGCGGUCAAAGAAGAAGGUGAAGGAUGUGUAUGGACGCAGCGGUGAUUCGGCACAAACCAGCGAGGAAAGUGACUCAGAGCCGGAAAGCAGCGAUGCUGCGAACAUCGGGCAGAUCUACGACAAGUCCAGUUAUGGUGGCCACGUGCAAGCGGAUCUGGAUCUCUUCGUCGGUGAGACAUGGCAGUCUGUUCAAUGCGAGUUGGACACCGGUGCGAACGCCAGUCUGGUUGGCCGAGAUUGGCUAAUCAGAGUUGCCGGACAAAACAGCCCACAGCUGCUGCCAUCGAGAUGCCGCCUACAAAGCUUUGGUGGUGGCCACAUUCCUGUCCUGGGAGAGGUGAAGAUCCCGUGCCAUCGCAACGGACGUAAGUACAAUCUCUCGUUACAGGUGGUUGACGUCGAGCAUGGCCCUCUCCUGUCUGCGCAAGUCUGCAAGAAAUUGGGAUUCGUAAAGUUCUGCAAUUCAGUGUCCGCGUCUGCACCGCACUAUCCCAAUGACCUGAUCGCCAUCCACCGCACAAAAGCUCAGCUGGUCGACUCCGGCAAAGAAUACCGCCAGAAGGAUGUACCAAGCCGGAUGCAACAGAAGCCAGUUCACGUCUGCAAGCAGCCACGUAAGGAGCCCCAAACGUCCAAGCAGAAUCUCGACCAGUCAACGAUGCAGAUUGGAAAAGCUGAUGUAUCGGUUGCAGAUCAAGAAGCGGUCAGGGUAUGGACCAACGGUGUCCGAUCAGCGGAAGAGCCAAACACGCUAAAGCUGCCAGUUCCCGUGGAGAUGCCGAACAGGCUGACGAGAAAUUCAGUGAUUCCAGUUUUCGAACAUAAGGUUCAGGAGAAUUUUAUUUUUGUUUAAAGCAGGGAAGAUGUUAUAUUAUGCGUCAUUUGUGUAAGACCCCCAAACGUAGUUUGUGAACAUCCCCUGAAACGUCAUUCAUGACAGCCAUUCAUCGAGUCGCUCAUUCAGUGCUUGAGUGUGCAAGAGAAUAAAUCGCUCUGUUUAAUUUAGUAAACCGGUCUCUUCUUUGGUUAAUCACACCUAAUAAAACACAUACGACUUUGGGCAAUAUGGGUAUCAAAAUUCAUGGUUUUUGAUACUGGUGAUGAAAAUGGCCAUUUUGACAGGAUUGGCCACACCCGGAGUGGCCAUGGCCCUGAGGGAAGGUUCUACCGGUGCCAUUGAUUGAAUAAAUUUAAUUAGAAUUAAUUAUUCAGGAUUAAAUAAAUAGGCAAAGAAUUAAAAAAUAUAAAUAAAAAUAGCAUGAUUUUUAGAGUUUGGUACAAAGUUCUUUGUCAUAUUGGUCAUGUAGAACAUAACCACCUGCACCUUUUUUUCUAUUUAUUUUUAAAAGGCAUUGGGCACCGAUCAUUAUUCUGUUGAUUCAGAUGCCGUACAGCCGGAUUCCGGCCUACCAGUGGAACUAUGGUUUGAAGCCGGGACAAUGGCAUCGGGCUACCGCAGUACUACACGGAGAGACUGAGCCCAGAAAUUUUAACAAUUGAAAUUGUUGAUUUUACUUUCGUUAAUUUUAACAAAAACGUACUUGUUACUGCUAAUAUUCCGUUAAAAUAACUAAAAUUCAGUAUACAUUUAAUAACCUGUUUGUUGAAAAUGCUAGAGGCAAAAAGCUAACAGAUUUCCCGAACUCGAAUGAACGUGCUCGACUGUAAGCUUUGGUUUUAGGAAAAUCAAAAAUUUUGUUGGUUGAAUAUUAAUAACAAUUGGUUAAAUAUUUAAAAGAUGAACUUGGGUUUGUUUACGUCUGUCAUUUGAAGUCAGGAUUCGAACAAGAGCGGUCAAUUUAUUGAGUUUGUGUUGUUAUUUGUGAAGUAAGAGGAUGUGAAAAUCACACUAUUUGUCUAAGUUGAAGUGGCAAAUCGAAAGGCACACUGCUGCAACUGUGAAGGUGCAAUUGGUGAGUAAGUUUGUUGAUGAUUUCUUUGCAGGUGAUAAACUAUGAAGAGCAAGACGAGGACAUUCGCAAUGGGGACCUCUGAUGCAAGGGGCUUUAUGAUAAUGUUUGGAGGAAAAAGAGGGGCAGUGGAAGGAAGAGGCGGGCCAACUCUUGCACGACAAUAAUUGCACGGGCAAAUUUAACAAAAUGUUGGUUAAUCUAAGUAAGUAUGGGUUUAAUUUUUCACAACAAUUUAUCUAUUGUGAUUUUAAUUAGAAAACUGAAUCAUCAGGAACCUUCGUGCUUACGAUGGAUACAAUUUCAAUGAACCAUUAUUUUCUCAGAAUCAUCAACCAUAAAAUACAUGGAAAUGCGUACACAUUAUAUCAAAAUAAAAAUUUGAUGGUGGGAAAUGUCUAAAAAAAAUAAAAUUUAUAAAAGAUAUACAAAAGAAGAUAU